GUAAAGAAAGAGCAUAUAUAUCUGAUAAAGUAGUUGAUGAAAUUAAUUCUAUUAUUCUUGACAAUAAUGAUAAUGAUGAAGUAGAUAAUGAUGAUAAGAAAAUUGAACCUGUAGAUAAUGAUGAUAAGGGAAUGAAACCU